ACACCCACAUCAAUCUGCCUGCCACAGAAGUGAGAAAUCGAGGGACACUUUCACAAGACUACUACAGGCACCUGGAGUCCAGUACUCUUUUGCUCUAUCUCCAUAUUCCUCCUUCUUACAUUGGCAUUGGUUUGAUCUCACCCAAUGGCUGUUAUAGAGCUGUCCAUGCUCGGCUACGUUCGGACCAUAAUCCUUUGUGUCCUGCUGCAUCCACACCGAGGUCAGGCAAGUCCGAUUCCAUCCCUUGAUGAGCCCUUGUCAGUUUCUGAAGUGUUUGGUGCUGUGGAUCCAUCUAUGCUGGAGCAGGAGGAUAAUGGAGAUGUCCAGGCGUUGCUGGGGCACUUCCUCUACAUGUUAAAUUUAACCGACCAAGGGCCACAGGCAAGGCCUCGUACAGCUCACGUUGAGCCGCCGGAAUACAUGCUGGAACUGUACAACCAGUACGUUAACGACCGCACCACCGUGCCUGCCGCUAAUAUCGCACGCAGUUUCAAGAACGAAGACUCAUCUCCCCCCAGUGUGACAGGCAGAGGGGUGAGGACACACCCCCUCAUGUUCAACGUCUCCGUCCCUCACCACGAACACGUUACUGCCGCUGAGCUCCGCCUCUACAUGUUGGUCCAUCGGGAUCCUCUUCACUAUAAUGGAGUUGACUGGAAGAUGACUGUUUUUGAGAUUCUGGGUGAAGAUGCAUCUUCACUUUGGCAGAAGCCUGAGGGUGGGAAGAGCAGAGAAGUGGAGAACGUUCUGAUUGGAGUGCAGGAGCUGGUGGCGAAGCAGGGACACCGCAAGGAGAGCGGAUGGGAGGUGUUCGAUUUGACGGAUGCCGUCCAUCGCUGGAGGAAGACGGGGACCACCAGCCACUGGCUACAGCUUCAUGUUGAGAACAUCAAUAAUGAUGCCAUGGAGAACCAGCUGCUGGACAAAGACCAACGAGCUGGCGUGAUUUUAACUUUGCUGGACAUUGACCGGAACCCAAAGGGGAAACACGAACCAGUGCUAAUUGUGUUUUCAGAUAAAGAGAGUGAUAAUCACCAUGAAAAUCACAAGGACAAGCCAGGGCGGAUAAGCAUGGGCGGGAAUAAUGACCUGCAGAAUUUUAACGGACUCUGGGCAGGUGAAAAUGAAGAUGACAAGAAGCAGCAGAAUGAGGCCCUUUUAAUGCAAAUGCGUUCCAAUGUCCUUUACGACAAUGCCCCCAGAACCCGUCGCAAUGCCAAGGAAAGCCACUGCAAGAGGACUUCGCUCUAUGUGGAUUUUAAGGACAUUGGCUGGGACUCGUGGAUCUUGGCCCCACCGGGAUUUGAGGCGUACAUGUGCCAUGGGUCGUGCAAUUACCCAAUAACGUCGCAACUGACACCCACCCAGCAUGCCAUCAUCCAAACGCUAGUCAAUCUGAAAAGCCCUAAGAAGGUCUCACAAGCCUGCUGUGUGCCAACCAAGCUGGAACCAAUCUCUCUUCUGUAUGUAAAUGAGAAUGGCCACGUUAUUUUCCAGCAGAGAUACGAGGGCAUGGUGGUAGCAGAAUGUGGUUGCAGAUAGUUAGGACUGAAGAGCUAUGCAAGAUAACAACAAACUCUUCUGAAUCAACCAAUAUGAGAAAAGAUAAGGUCGAGUGAAUGAGAGAUAUUAACAAGUCAUCACACCAUGAUAAUUAACACUACAUUUGUGUGAUAAUUAACAAAUUAUCUAGCAGCUCCACAUAGAAAUAAUAAUAAAAAACACUGUCAUUAGGACAGUAGCGUGUACAAAUAUCUCAACAUUCAUGUGCCUGUCAUGAAAUUAAUAGAAUGCUAACCAGAGGUCAUGGAGCAAAAGAGAUGGCCAUUUGGAUUUCAUUAAGUGUACACCUGCUAUUGUAAAUUGAGGUAUUUCUUUAACAGUUUUGUGUAGGUUAGAACACAGUGCUUUCCCAUGCGUGUCCAUAUAGAAUCUAGACAUCUUGCAGCUCUCUUGUGUAAUCAUGUAAUUAGCAGUAACAGUAAUUAACUUUUAGCCAAACAACAUUAUCGCCAACAAGAAAAAACCCCGACCCUCUUAGUUGAGAAUAUAUCUGAUAAUAUUCUACCUUUCAUGAACCUAUUUAAAUUUAAUCACUUAUGCAGUUUAUGUCAUGCAUUUUUUUGGCUUGACAGUAUGAUUAAAAUGCACAUGGAAAUACAGAUUGAAAUUACUUUAUUACUUAAACUACCAGGUGCACGAUGAAGUGUUUUCAUUUGGAGUCAGAGAAUUAUUAACCUCCAGGUUCAUGCAUACCUAUAAUAGUAUUUCUUGAGCACCCUUACUGAAAAAAACAUGCAAUUCUCAAGGAAUGAGCAAAGAGCUAAACAAAUUGGUUUCCACUGGUAUCUUCAGAGUUACUCUGCCUUGUUUACUAACUUAUUUUCAUUUAUUCCCUUGCUGUCAGACAUUAUUUCCAAGUGUACAUUGAGAUUUCAAACCUGAAGCGUCUUUCGCAAAGAGCGCGCCUGCACUGUGCAGAGAAUAAAAAUGAAUGGAUUCUCUUA